AUGAGCCAUUUCGAUGAGAAAACGCAAAUUGUCAGCAGUAAAACCGAGUGGGGAUUAUGGUACCAAACCAUCGAUGAAGUUUUCAUUGAAAUCAAUCUUCCACCAGGUACUAAAGGAAAAGAUGUUGCCUGCAAAUUGACCGCUACAGAUAUUCAAGUUGCAGUCCAAGAUCAAGUUUAUAUCGAGGGUAAAUGGUUCAGUAAUGUCGUCAGCGAGGAUUGCGUAUGGACAGUAGAGGAUAGGAAGUUGUUAAGGAUAAUUUGCCAAAAAUCCGUGCGAGAUCCUGGUAAAGGAUGGAAGUCUUUAACAAAGGAUAAGUACCAAGCUGAUGUUUGGACAAUGACAGAAAUGGAAAAGAAAUUAACUUUAGAAAGAUUUCAAAGAGAGAAUCCUGGCUUCGAUUUUAGUGGAGCUGAAGUCACAGGAAAUUUUGCAGAUGGCGGACCUAAACUACCUGAACGAUAA